UAAUAGAACGCUAGCUUUAUGUUAUGUGGCAUAAAACAGGGAGAUCUUUGCGUUUUCCUUUUCCCUUACAAAAUAUGCACUCCUCUGAACACAGUGGGUCGUGAGAGAUGCUUAGGACCCUGCAGUUUCGAAGGAGGGAGGGGAGGAGUUAAAAAUGAUCGACAUAAUUUUCUAGAGGCUCGGCAAGCUGGCGAGCGAACUGGCUCGCUGACCACAAUUAAGCCGCCAAAUGACAGUGCUUUUUAUCAGAAUCCCGAGCAAAACUUACAUUCCAGUAUUUGGACGGAGAUUGGGGCAAAACAGCUAUGCAUUUUCGUCUUUGAUAUUUGCUUUCCAGCUCAUCAUUCAGAGUUGAUAAUGCUCAAGAUGAAGCUGCCGAUGAGAGCGGCGGAGGAGGGAGACAACUCCGUGGAAGAAGAGCAGGAAAACAACGACUGCGAUUUCCACGCUCACCGUUUAAUUUCAAAUUCGGUUCCUUGUAACGGAACGGAGGACUCUGGAGCGAGACCGGCUUGCCCGCUUCCACAAUUGAACAAGGAGGCGGUGUUCGAGUGGUUCGGGUUGCACCUCAGCCCGGCGAAACGGAUAGAGUUCAUGUGUGGGCUGCUGCAUAUGUGCCAACCGUUUGAACUCCGCUUUUUGGGCUCCUGUCUCGAGGACCUCGCACGUAAAGAUUUCUAUGUCCUCCGAGACUAUGAAAUCAAGGCGAACAGCCAGACCGAUUUGGGCCUCCUCAUGGAUGUUACCGAUCCGGUGGUCCACUCAAAACUGCUCAUUUGUCUAUCUCUUCUGGGAUCUGAAAAUAGGGAGUGCGCAGGAAUACUGUUUAGAACACUGAGCCAUGUUUAUUCCUCUCUUGACUUGAAAAACUGUGGGGUUUCCCCAUCCAAGUACGGGGAUUCCAUGCACGGUCAAGCCCGCUACCCAACAAACGGAGGAGCCGAGUCUGGGAAAACAAAAUCUCCUCAUCGACCAACGUUGGAUAUGGAGUCUGACAUUAGUUCUUUAGAGCAGUUGGCUCUGCUCUUCACUAUGGCAUCCCUCCACCCGGCUUUCCCUUUCCACCAGCGAGAAACCAUCAGGCUACAGCUGGACAACGUGGAAACUGCGAUCGAGGAAUACAGGAGAAACUGUGACCGCAAUGAAACCCCUACGCCGAAUGAGUGCCACAAGUCUGACUACCUCUGUCCACACACUGGGAGAGGCAGAGCGCGGCCAUCCCACCCAAGCAGAACUGCUUGCGGCAAAGCCGUACACAUAGAGAAGAUCAUCUUGAAGGAAAUCUCCGCAAGUCCAAGGGAGUACAGUUUUGAGGUGCUCUGGUCAGAUCAGUCAUCCAGCACUGUGACCAAAUCCCACCUUGAGCUGGAGAAUUUCCUUUUAAAGCUGCCUAAAGGGCACUGCUCUGAGACCUGUGAGAAGGGGCUUCUGAGGUUACUGAGCCAGAGGGACCAACACGAGCCGAUGGAUCUGGAGAGGAUACUCAAAGAGAGAUUUCUCUCCCUGCCCCUGGACUUCCGUCAGAUGUGGGCCGUCUGUUCGUUCUUCCUCUCCGACUCGUCUCUUCAGUUCAGCAAUCACUGUAACACCUCGCCAGCAGGCAAGUCAUGCCAGUCAGCCAGGCACUGCAAUGACUGCUCUGAGACCUCCAGUCUGGAGGAAGCGUUCUCAGAUCUGGAUCUGGAGCCAUAUGGUGGAGCCGGCGCUUGGAUGAAGCGGAGCAGCAAAGGUGCUGGCCGCGGGGGGCAGUGCUGCCGGAGUCACCAGCGGGAUAGCAGGAGGAGGGGUCGUGCCGAGCACAACGGAGAGGUGGAGUGGGGGCGCCAGAGCCCGUCCCGUGCGCCGGGCCACUCGGAGCAGUGCUGUGCUGGUGAGAAGUGGAGCUGUAUGACUGGGAAGAAGCCCAAAGCGAGAGCCUCAGGUGCUGACAGGGAGAGGGCAAGGCGAGGGGAGGCAGACGAGAGCUUUGUACCCAACGGGAUCCGGCGGCCCUCUGCUGCUCAGAAGAUAAGGCAGACUAGGGGCCCUGACGCAUACGGAGAAACCUCCUCUGAGAGUUCCUACUCCACCACCUCCAGCCCUCAGCACCUUCAGCAUGCCAGUUUACAGAGCGAGGAUGAGGAUGACGAAGAUGAGGAUGACGAUGAUGAUGAUAGAGACACAGGAAGCCAGUCGGACACGGGGACUCUGCGAGCGCGUCCUGCCAAAGGUGCCAGCGGGAAGGCCGUGGCCCUGGUGAACCCCAUGCUGCCCCCUGCCCUCGAAAAGGAGCCCUCCCAGCACAGCAAGACCUCCGAGGGGCUGCAGUCUCCUCUCGGGGGGGUUCCCGCGGGGUGCCCCUUCUACUCCAAGCCGACCGCAACCCUGGAGCCCAUCCUGGCCAGUCCUGGUGAUGCGCGGAGCUCUCACCAGCACCCUCCCAUGGCUGCGGUCAGCGCCCUGCCCAUCUCUGCCCAGCAUGCCAGCGACGCCACGCCCUCCGCCAGCACCCCUCCCCUGCCUUCCCAUCCGUCCUCCCUCCCGCUGCGGGUACAGGGCGGCGGAAUGCCCGCACACCCGGCUGUGCCCACGCACACGCCCAGCACGGGGCCCUCGCCCAGCCCGGCGCUGCCCCCCAGCACGGCGCACAGCGACAGCACCAGCCCCAGCGCCACCCAUCUCCUCUGCAGCUCCAGCAGCGCCGGCUGUGCCAGCGCCAGCCUCUCCGGGAACCCAGUGGGCAUGACUGCGGCGGGCACAGCUAUGCACGUGCCUCAGGCCGGCCUCCAGCUGGGCUGUAAUGCCUGCGGGUGCCGGGGCAGCUGUGGCGGCAGCGGCAGUGGUGUGGUCAGCGGCGCAGGCGUAAGCGGAGGCGUUGGCGGCGGCGGCGGUGGUGGUCACCAGGCGACGACGGGCUUCUUCCUGCCCCCGCAGCAGCUGGCGCCGCGCCAGAUGUUCAGCACGGCGCCGCCGCCGCUGCCCUUCCUGCACCUGCCCUCGCACCUGUGCAGCGCCAGCUACCCGCCCGGCGCCCAGGCCCACCAGAGCGGCCACGGCGCCACGGGAGCCCCCGGCGGCCAGCAGCUGUCCUUCUACCCGCACGGCCCCGCCGGCGCCCCGCACCACGCGCACGGCCCGCCGCCCACCGCCACCUUCUCCGCCGGCCCGCUCCUGCACGCCCACUCGGAGCACCUGCUGGCCGCCGCUGCGGUGGCCGCCGGCCAGCAGCCGGGCUACGGCCUGCCGCAGAUGGCCGCCUUCAGCCGCUUCUAUGCGCCGGUCUUCCCGUCCGUGGCCAUGCAUGCUGCCGGCGGAGGAGGCGGAGGGAUGAAGAAGGGCAACAACGUGUCCUGCUACAACUGCGGCCUGAGCGGCCACUACGCACACGAGUGCAAGCAGCCCACGGCGGACACCGGCCAACCAGGUAAUGGUGGCGGGGUGACGGUAGCCGCGGCGGCGGCAGCAGCAGCAGCAGCAGCAGUGGCCGCCAGCGCUGCUAGCCUUAACGGCAGGGGCAGGAGAUGAGAUGAUGAUGAUGAUGAUGCUCUCUCAUGUCAAUCUCUAAUCUCUGUGUGUGUCUCUCUCAGCACUGACGCCGUACUGACGCUGCCUCCUGUGUGUCUGUGUGUGUCUGUCUGUCGGUCUGUGUGUGUUUUGGUGUUGUGUGUGUGUGUCUGUUUGUGUGCAUGCAUGUGUAUGUAUUUGUGUUGGGGAGUGCUGGUAUUUGCGUGUGUGUGUGUGUGUGUGUGUGUGUGUGUGUGUCUGUAUGUGUGCAUGUGGGUGUGUGUUACAGGUGGAUUCCGGCUUAAGUACGUUGCCCCCCACUCUUCUGAAGCACUAGACAAAGCUGACUGACAGACAGCAAGGGGACCAAGGAGUAAACGUUUGUUUCUUUCUCGGACUCCCUUGAGGCUUCGUUCGCGUUUCCACCGCAGUAAACACGCACUGCGCCUGGGACCAGGUGGCAGAGGCGAUUAUUUCAAAGGUGAUCUUUGGUUAAUGGAAUAGCUUAAGAAUGUCUCUCUGAUUUUGAAAAAAAGGGCAGGUUAAAAGAUGUGCCUCUCAAAUGCAGCAGCAUACUACCUUUUACAUGGCAACAAUUACAAUAACAUUUAAAAGAAAGGACAAGUGUCUCGUUCAUAAAUGGAGUUAAUUUCAUUGUAUCUGAUAGGACUAUGUGGUUACAUUAUGUUUCAUAUGGUCCACUACAUUACAAUAGCUUUCAUUUAUUUUGUAAACAUCUAAUUGUAAAUGGCUGUGGGCCAUUGUCAUCAUUUUUGUUCUUUUAUCAAAACAUUAAAAGGGUAAUUUAAAGAUGUUAUUACAGUCUUAUAAAAAAAACAUGAUCCUGAAACUUGAGACUUAUAUUUGGUAAAGUUGAAAAGCUCUGAAUGUAAAUGCUGUUUCUGUUGGCUUGAUCGGUGUCAUUUCAUGUAAUGUGAAUUGUUUCAAGUUCAUAAUCAUGAUUCAGACAUAGUGUUGUACUGCUGUUUUUUUUGCUUGUUUCAUUUUUUGUUUGUUCUUUAUUUUUACAUAUUUGUUUUGUUUGAAAAUUGUAAAGCACUAUGUUAUGACGCUCAGCGUAACUUGAUGUUCAUGUCAGGUCCUUAAGUGCACUGAGAGUAAUCUGUACUGAUCUGUCCACUGUGCCGUUUGACUUUGGAGAGGCGUGCUGUCAUUUGGUGGUGUGACCACCAGAGAGCGCUCUAGUGACUGUGCUCUGGUGCUUGCACACACAGCAUGUAUAGUUUUAAAAGAAGAGAGUACUUAGUGUCCCAAGUAUUUUUUUUUAUUUUUUUUUUUAUGACUUGUUAGCGUUUAUUUUCAUGUAACACACUUCCAUUUCUACCAACUGGAUUGUGACGUCCAGGGUAAAAAAAAAAACUUUUUUAAAAAAUUGGUUAUUGAGGUGAAACUUUAUUGGAAUGGAUACUUUAUUUGGAAAUGAAGUCAUUGUGAAGCACAUAUGUUUACCUGCAUGCUCUUUGGCCAGGAUGUGUUGUGUUUGUCAAGCGUACAUGAUGUGGGAUAUCUGUUCAGUUGCCACUUAAACCAAGCAGUGUAAACACGUUUGUACUGACAAACCUUCAACCUUUUUUUUAACAGCUAUGUUUUUGUUCUCUGGAAAUCUUGCUUAAACUGCCAAAGCAGACUUAAGGAAAAAUCCCCUUACUUUUUUAUAAUAUAUGCAAACAGAUAAUUUAAAAAAAUAUUUUAUAUUGGUUUUGAUUAAGGGAUCAUGAUUUUGACUUUCUUUAUGUACAAAAUCUUUAAAAGACAAAAAAACGCACAGCCCUCUUUCACUGAUCUAGAGGGUGGGGGAGAGGGAGAGACCCGCCCUGCAUUUGCGCAGCUGCAGGAGGUGUUUGUUAUAUUUCUUUGGAGAGAUACUGUGCCGUAUAAAUGAGGUAAAUUGUUACCCUGGGUUUGUGUUUACUGUUUCAUAUCUAAACGUUGAUAUUUACUGGAAAGUUCGAAUAUAUUUCUAGAGAGAAAUUUGCAUUUUAAGCAAAUUUAUCUUAAACCCAUUGAGUUAUCAGCAAUAAAUAUUGAAAAAAGGA